GUUUUGUCUAAGAGUUACUUGUAUUCUUUCCCUUUUCCCCUUCUCCUAAGUUGCAAAUUUUAAGGUGAGAGAGAAUCAUAUUUAAUACCUUACAUGGGCUGUCAGGAAAGUGGAUUUAUAGUUCCAUCUUCCUCUGAAAUUUCCCAAUUAUAAUAAUUCCAAAACAAGUCCUUCCAAAUCUCCCUUUAUUUCUUCCUACUAAAAAGCUUUUUAGCACACGCAACUCCCCCAUUUCUUCAGAUCUCUUCUCAUUUAGCAGAAUAAUUAAGUAUCAAGAAAUGAGAGACUUUGCUUCUUGUUUCAAUGAAUAUGCAGUACAAGUUUCUGAUACUUCUUGUUCUAGUUACUCAAACUCUGCUUGUAUCCCUCCUUCUCUGAUUCCUUCAAUUCAAAACACUGUCACUUGUUUGUAUAAAGUCACUCUCUCCAAUAAAAAACAGGUCUUGAUCACAGUUUCAUGGUCCAAAACAAAUAGUAUAACACAAGGCCUAAGUGUACACUUUGGUGAUGAUCCUUCAAAUGUCUUCAAACUCAACACGAAUUCGCGUCUUUUUAGGAAGAAAAGGGGAAGCAAAUCACUGGAUUUGGAUCAUUUAAAGGUUGAAAUUUUCUGGGAUUUAUAUGCAGCCAGGUAUUUAUCAGGUCCUGAACCAAUUGAUGGCUAUUAUUUACUAGUCAAAGUUGAUUCACAACUUGGCCUUAUUAUUGGUGACAUGGCUGAAGAAGCUUCAUUAAGAAAGUUAAAAAAUGGAACUCCAAUGGCCAAGUUCUCAUUGGUUUCAAGAAAAGAAUACUUUUCAGGGAAUACCCUUUAUUCAACAAAGGCUCAAUUUUGUGACAAUGGCACAAGUCAUGACAUAUUAAUUCGUUGUAGCGGCGAAAAUGAAGGUCUAAAGCAUCCUGUUUUAUCAGUUUAUAUUGAUAAAAAGAUGGUGAUUAGAGUUAAAAGGCUGCAAUGGAAUUUCAGGGGAAAUCAGAGCAUAUUUGUGGAUGGAUUGUUGGUUGAUCUAAUGUGGGAUGUUCAUGAUUGGUUCUUUAAUCCAACAUCUGGUUGUGCACUUUUUAUGUUUAGGACAAGAAGUGGAAUGGAUAGCAGACUGUGGUUAGAUGAUAAAGACAAAUUGCUGCACAAAGAUCCAGAUAAAGUUGAGUUUUCAUUGUUGAUUUAUGCCUCUAAGACCACAUAAAUUAAAGGUUUAAUUUUCUCUUUUUUUUUAUUUUUCUGUUUUCUUUACUGAAAAUCCAAUAGUGGGGUUUAAUUUCUUCUUUAACAUUCAUGUGAAUUUCUCUCACUUUAAACUUCAUCCCUCAUGAAAGGAAAUAACUUUGAUCUUGAUAGAAGGGCAACAACUUGAGGAAAUUCAGAUUUGACAUUGUAUAUUGUUAUUUUGUGGGUCUGAGUGAUAAGAAAUAUAAACAGAUUGUUUUUUUUUUUUACUCU